CUAUUUUUGAUUGCUCAUCCACUCUUACUAUGUGAAUUCGACAUUCAGUGAUCAAAUUCUGUAGUUCUUGAAGCAAUGUCAGCUUUCUCGCUCGACCGUCAGAAGCUCCCACAGCUCAAAGACAAAGUCGUUGUACUUACAGGUGGCGCCAACGGUAUAGGUGCGGAAACAGUGAAGCUGCUUAGCUCCCAUGGAGCAAAAGUGGUCUUCGGCGAUGUUGACACAGAACAAGGGAUGGUCCUCGCAAACUCUCUAUCUCCGAAUGUCUGCUUUGUUCAGACCGAUGUAACGUCAUAUUCAUCAGUUCUGCAGUUGUUUCAAAAAGCUUUUGAGCUUUAUCAACGUAUUGACAUCGCCGUGUCAAAUGCUGGGCUUGGGGAAAGACCGGAGUGGUUCGAGCCGUCCAUGAACCUCGUCAGCGUGCAGAAGGAGCCAAAUACAAUAACCCUUGAUGUUAACUUGAGAGGCUCCUUAUUUGUGGCUCGAGUGGCAUCUGUAUAUUUACGCCAAAACGCCAAAAGAGAAGACAAUAAGUCGUUGAUACUUCUUUCGUCAGUAGCCGGAUUUGAAGAGAGUCCAGGUAUCUUUGUGUACCAGGCGGCCAAGCAUGGUAUUAUAGGUCUAAUGCGAAGUUUGAGGAAAUACUCCUCUACUGCCUAUGACGAGGCAAGCAUUCGAGUAAAUUGCGUUUGUCCGUGGGCAACGAAGACAGCCAUGAUCCAAGAAUUCCAGGAUGCGUGGGAAAAGGAAGGCCUCCCACUAAACACCUGCAUUGACGUGGCCGAAGUUGUCGCGGCUAUUGCGCUGGAAGAAGAUUUAAAUGGAGAGAGUGUUUAUGUGGAAGGUGGAAACUCAUGGCUCUUUGAGGAGAAUCUCCGGCGCCUUCAGCCUCAAUGGCUCGGUGAAUCAGCUAUCCAAAAUCUAAUAAAAGGACAAGCUUAUCUAGCCACGGGUUUAAAGUGGAAUAUAUCCAAGGAACUCUAGUUUCAAAUAUCUGUGACAAGCCGGUCUCCGACAUGUUAAUACUGGGAAGAAUUCCCCAAGGGAGAAACUAUGUGCUAAGUUUAUAUUGGCGGAUAGAUCGGAUUAUCUGGCGAAUAUUAUUGUUGUCCUUCCCACACCUCUGCUAGAAACUCUGUAGCUUUAGUGAACUGAAAAUCAGGAAAGAGCCGAUUUAUCUCGUCUGACGAAUCCCAUGCCCCUUUGGUACUACUCAGGAGGAUACCAACAGAUACAGCUUUGUGCAUAUCUAUCGAAUCGGCCUUGAAGGCGGCAUGAUGAGUGGCUUC